GACUGUCCGAAUCACACCAAUUCCCAAAGAGUCGACAACCAGCCAAUGAAUUAUGAAUGUUGAACAAGAUGACGUCCUCUCCGCAGCAGCAGCAGACCAUGAGAGGUCCUAGGUGGAACCGGGCCCUGUCCGACCCGCUGUUCGUGCUGCUGCUCUUCCUCCAGCUGCUGGUGGUGGCGGGCUUGGUGCGUGCCCAGACCUGUCCUUCUGUCUGCUCCUGCAGCAACCAGUUCAGCAAGGUCAUCUGCACUCGCCGCGGCCUGCGCGACGUGCCCGACGGCAUCUCCACCAACACGCGCUACCUGAACCUGCAGGAGAACCUCAUCCAGGUGAUUAAGGUGGACAGCUUCAAGCACCUGCGCCACCUGGAGAUCCUGCAGCUCAGCAAGAACCAGAUCCGCAACAUUGAAAUUGGCGCCUUCAACGGCCUGUCCAGUCUCAACACACUGGAGCUGUUCGACAACCGGCUCACCACUAUCCCCAAUGGGGCCUUCGAGUACCUGUCCAAGCUCAAGGAUCUCUGGCUCCGUAAUAACCCCAUUGAAAGCAUCUCGUCCAAUGCCUUCAACCGUGUGCCCUCGCUGCGGCGCCUGGACCUGGGAGAGCUACGCCGGCUCACCUAUAUCUCGGACACGGCCUUCGAGGGCCUCAGCAACCUGCGCUACCUGAACUUGGGCAUGUGCAACCUGAAGGAGAUCCCCAAUCUGCACCCGCUGGUGCGGCUGGGCGAGAUGGAGAUGUCCGGCAACCAGCUGGCCAACAUCCGACCGGGCUCCUUCAAGGGCCUGGUGCACCUGCAGAAGCUGUGGAUGAUGCACGCCCAGAUCCAGACCAUCGAGCGCAACGCGUUCGACGACCUGCAGUCGCUGGUGGAGCUCAACCUGGCGCACAACAACCUCACACUGCUGCCACAUGACCUCUUCACGCCACUGCACCACUUGGAGCGGGUGCAGCUGCACCACAACCCCUGGAACUGCAACUGCGACAUCCUGUGGCUCAGCUGGUGGCUGAAGGAGAUGGUGCCAGGCAACACCAGCUGCUGCGCCCGCUGCAGCAGCCCGGCCAGCUUCCGGGGACGCUACAUCGGCGAGCUGGAUCAGAGCAACUUCCACUGCUACGCACCGGUCAUCGUGGAGCCGCCCGCAGACCUGAACGUGACGGAGGGCAUGGCGGCCGAGCUGAAGUGCCGCGCUAGCUCGCUGACCUCGGUCAGCUGGAUCACGCCGAACGGCUCGAUCGUGACGCACGGCAACUACCAGGUGCGCAUCUCGGUGCUCAACGAUGGCACGCUCAACUUCACCAACGUCACCAUGCAGGACACGGGCAUGUACACGUGCAUGGUGAGCAACUCGGCGGGCAACACUACGGCCUCGGCCACGCUCAAUGUCUCCUCCACCGAGACCAGCACCUUCACCUACUUCACCACGGUCACCGUGGAGACCAUGGAGCACGAGGAAGGCCACGCCACCGUGCCGCAGCGGGUCGGCCCGACCCCUUCCUCCGGCCUCUGGGAGUCAUCCUCCACGCUAGCCACCACCACCACCACCACCGCCGCCGCACGCCUGCCGCAGUCCACCAAGUCCACGGAGCAGCCCUACACCGUCCCUGUCACCACCCUGGGCGAGGGGCCCUUCAACGGGCUGGACGAGGUGAUGAAGACCACCAAGAUCAUCAUCGGCUGCUUCGUGGCCAUUACGCUCAUGGCGGCCGUGAUGCUCAUCAUCUUCUACAAGAUGCGCAAGCAGCACCACCAACAGAACCACCACGCCCCAGCACGCAGCAUCGAGAUCAUCACCGUGGACGAGGACUGUGUGCCCGGUGGGCAGGCCAUGGAGCGCCACCUGGCCCUGGCACAGCUCGAGCACGAGCACCUCAACCACUACAAUGCCAACUUCAAGACCCCCUACAACCAUGUGACCACCAUCAACUCCAUACACAGCUCGGCGCACGAACCUUUGCUAAUCCGUGCGGGCUCGAAAGACAAUGUGCAAGAGACCCAAAUCUGAUCUUGUGUUUUCAUGAUGAGAAUCAAAAUGGACUCAACUAGAGAAACAUUAAGACUAUUGACUAUUAAGAGGAUGACAAAAAAAUAUUAGGAACUGACAGAUCGGUAUCUAUAAGUAGGCGAUGAUGGAUACGUAUUGACAUUGGGAACUAGGGUAUGUCAACUGUUUCAAAAGUGUCUUUACAAAACAGAAGUUAUUUAUUUAAGAAAAAAAUCUAUUGUGGUUAAAUCAAGAAAAAAUGUAUCUUGCAAUUAUUUUUUCAGCACUUAUAUCUUCAUGUUUUGCUUUUUUAAUUGUCCCUUUUUUUUCUUUUAUAAUGGUUGGUUGGUGGUUGGUUUACUAAUAUGCUUCUAAACUCUGUGUAAAUCUAAUCGAGACCAUUCUCUGUACGAAAGGAGCCCAAUGCCACCUUCCAAACAAGAGAUGAUUCAGUGCAUAUCCUGUUGUUUCUCGUCUUGCACUGUCCAGAGCAUCCAUGUUGUCGUCUCACUUUAGGCAUAAUGCACCACAUGUCAUUUUUAAAGUCGCCCCUCUGCCCCCAAAUUAAUUGUUCUAAUCUCCAGUGGCCAUCUGUUAAUUUAGAUUAAGGGCUCGGUCCUUUUAAAACGUUUUUGAGCGAGGCCUUGUCUGUGGUUAAAUCCGAUAACGACUUGGAAUCACCCUAAGGCUGCCACUCACAAGCAUCAGACACAGGCGCAAACUUGGGUUUUGACAAGUGAAUGGAUUUGGGUCACAAAGUGAUGAACAUAUGUCCCCUAUUUUAAACUAAGCCAAAACUCAGAACCCAGGGCCUGUGGAGACACAAAAGCUACUGAAUUACUCAGAGCUGUGAGGAGAGCAGAGCUCUUAAAAGCCCAAUGAUAAACAUUCAUGAAUGGACAAUUAAAUAUAGAUUUAUGUGUGACACUGAUGCAACAGCCCAGAACAGAGCUAGUAGUCCUGUGGGUGGGACACACGCACACACACACACACACACACACACACACACAGAGAUUCAGUUAUAAGCCCUAGCCAGACCCCAUCUGACAGGCCUCAGCUCUCACUGCUUUCUGCUGCUGUGCCUCACACCACUGCAGAUGUGCCAGCAAAUUACCCUCCAAAAAUACUCCCCAAACCUCCAUCACCGCCGUUUAUCAGCUCCUUCACACCCCCAAUCCCCCACCCCACCCCCAUGUCUCCCUAGUCCCUGCUGUGUCCAAACACAUUGCCUCUCAUCUGUCUGAAACAAUCACCUCACAGCCUUAGCCCAGGCCUGCUGCAGCUGCAGCGUCCCCUCUGCCAGCCUCCCAAGUAGGAGAGCCCAGAGGAGAGGCCAUGGCGGAGACGCCAGAUCCCGGGGACGAGGAGAUGAGCCGAUCUGGGACUUGGCAGGUAGCUGGAGCUGCUAAACAGAUGUCCAGGUUUUUUACGAACAUCUUACUUAUCGGUCGUUCAGGACUCAUCUCUUUUAAAAAAAAAAAAAAAAAAUGGAAGAGUCCUGAGACUAACCGGCAGCAGAUACAACAUCAAAAGAGGAAAGGCAUCCCUGAGAAUUAAAAUAAAAAAGCCCUGAUGUAUAUGAAACAACAUGGGGAAUCAUAAUGUGAUUGCCAAACAAACACUGCUCAUUUUCCAUGAUGAGAAAGCCCCCAGAGCUUCUAGUUUCCCCCUGUCCCGUCCACUCUACAGUCAAGAGUCCAAGGCUUUUUUAAACAAGAAGUUGUUGUGUUCAUAGUCAUCUAGUAUCAUCAAUUGUCUCAUGAUAAUGAUCUACUUCUCAUAUAAAGUUUAACCAGGAAAGAACGGUAAUUAUUCAAACCUCCUGCUUUUAUGCUUUGAGAGGAAAAGUACCCCAUUAUAAUUCCAAAUAAAUAACGUGAAAAUGUACUUUAACAGUCACCAUGGAAACCAACAGAGAAAUGGAUGAACACAAAAAUGGUGAGUUAGUAACCACAAGCCCCUGAGUGGACUACUGUAUCUGAGAUGGAGAUUUGGGCUAAUACAUCUGUUACAAACAUUUCUGUUCUAUUUUAUUAUCAUUGUUAGAUUUCAGAUUGAUUUGUCAUUUAAUAUAAAGUGAAGUUCACAUUCAAAAUUUAUAGACAUCGUGGGUACAUUUUCUUAGGACAAUUCUUCAACCAUGAUGACUCUGUAUUUAUUCUGUAUUUAUCAGUGUGUCUGUGUCAAGCGACAAAUUUUAUUUUUGUAAUUCACCAGCUGAAUCAGGUGCCAUGGAAUAUACAACACACAAAAUUAAUUUGAACUGACUCAGAAAAAAAUAAAAUAAUUAAGAAAUAAAGAAAUGAUACUAUGAUAUUGAAGCAAAAACAUUUUUCUAAAUGCAGCUCAUGUAUGAGUGUACCCAUUUAUGCCCACAUGGAGAUUAGAGCCAUGGUAAACCGCUAUGACAUGUUUAUACAUUUCAUUUGGAUUGUAUUUGAGUCAUGUACAGGAUGACACUGGAUUGUCCAUGUUGGAACCUUGGUCAACCUCAAAGGGUUCUUCAGUAUCUAUGCUCCCAUCCAUGUUCAUUUGGUAAAUAUGUUUUAGAGUUUGGCUGUGAAUUCUAGUGAUUGCUACUCCUUUUGUAACAUCGCAUCAUGUGAGCAUCUGUGUGUUUUGGGUCGGGAGACGGGAUUAGACUAUUUUGUUUGUUGGUUUCUUUUUUUUUUGUUCCACAUCAUUCUUUUUCUUGUCAGAGAGGGAAUGCUGUUCUAGUGGUAGAUUUAUAUAAAAUACAUUUUGAGAAUAAAAUUCUAAAAAUUAAAAACAAAAAAACUACAACUUUUUUAAUUUUGAUUUUACAUGUGCCAACCUCUUCGGAAAAAUGGAAAUGUGAAACAUGCUGUAAAAGACAAAGAAAGUGAUUUUCAUGUACGCGUACUUUCAUGACCUUUAAAGAAAAUACAGACGAAGAUCGAUUAUAGAAACCAGAGUUUGUAGUUCAUACACAAAAAUAAGGUUACAAAUAAACUAUUGUUGUUUUUUUCUGUA